UAUCUAUCUAGCUAUCUAUCUAUCUAUUGUUAAAUUUGGUGUCUGUUUUUUUAUCCGUUAUGUUUAAUGGAUAGUGUCCCACAAGGAUCAAUUCUUGGCCUGAUUCUGUUCUCUGGCUUCUAUUUCCAACUUCAUUAUUCAUCUGUUCUGUUGUCUGACUAUUAUGCUAAUGAUACACAACUUUGUCUCUCAUUCAGAAUAAAUUAUUGUUUGUUGAAUAAAACAACAAAUACAACAAGAGAAGUGCUCAGAGACCGCAGUACUCCACCAAGACUGCUCAGUCGUUACGUCAUAUCUGACGGAUGAAAUCUUGAAUAAAAAAUGAUCUUGUGGUGAGCACAGGCAUGUGUUAUGCAUGUGUACGUUAUGCACGGAUACUGAAUCGUGUGGCCCAAAUAUGUAGCUGGCAGCGGGAACUGAUGGGGCUCAGAAACACCCCCACAAUUUAAUCAAUUGUUCCUGAUCAGUCAGCAGCAGUCGAUUUGUAGUAGGAUCGCAGUCGUGAUCGUCAGCAGGCAGCUGAUGUAGUGUUCACUUGUUGUCAUAGUUACAGUGACGCUCUGACACUAUCUCCCAAUGUUACAGAAAUCUUUAACAAAUCCAUGGAUCAAGACUAUGCAAUAAUCAAAUCACUUGAUCCUUUUGUCAUUUCUGACCUUUCUUGGAAUUUCAUCCAAAUUCAUUAAUCCAUUUUUGAGUGAUGUUGCUAACAGACAAACAGCCGGACAAACGUACGCCAAUUUUCACAUAACUCCACCAUGUUCCUUGUAGUUCCUUGAGUAAAAAGGUUUCGCAGCAGAACUUUGAUAAUAGACCUUGCAAUAUCAUAAAUACCAUUAAAAACAGAACAAACAAGAACAAUGACCUGCACUGUACAGAUCGUCUUCUAUUGUAGUCUCUAGAGGGUAAAAAAGAUGGUGCAAAGUUUUAGUUUUUGUUAUUCUGUAUUGGUAUUUUACUUGCUGAACUUUACAAAACUCAAUUUCUAUACUGACCAGUUGGCUGGAAGCAGGGGUAGCUGCUGUAUGUGAUGUGCAGUGUCCCCUACAAAAUGUUGGUACUGAGAAAUUCUACUUACUUAUUAUAAAUUUAUCAUAGGACAUGGAACGAACACUUUAAAAUAAAAAGCUAAAGUCAAGUGUACAAUUCCUUUGAAAGAAGUUGUCUGAACUGCAUGCUAAUCAAAAAGCAAAUCUCAUCAUAUUCUCUUUGAAAAGUGAUGUUCAUGUUGUACUGACAUCUGUCUUGACUUAAAGCCAGUUACCGUAUUUUCUGAACUAUAAGGCGCACUUAAAAGCCUUUAAUUUUCUCAAAAAUCGACGGUUCGCCUUUUAAUCUGGUGCGUCUUAUGUGUGCACUGAGUUCCAAAAUCUGACUGUCGGACCAUUUCCCGCCGACAUAGGGACGUAAUACGUACACUACACACGCUGGCAGUGAUAAACCUAUUAGAGAACAUUACAUAAAGCUACGUACAGUACUGACUAUUGUCCGAGCUUUUGCAAAAGCCGGCAUCAUUGCUGAACAGCCACCCGGCAACGAGACUGACUCCGACAAUGAUGAGAGGGAACCCGGCAUGUUUGAUGUCGAAAUUGCCCAGCUGUUCAAUUCAGAUACAGAAGACGAGGACUUUGAUGGAUUUGUGACAAAAGAUUGAUCAAAAAAUAAUGUGAGUGUAUUUUUAAAUACGUAGUAGAAUAAAGUUCAAUCAAACUCACUGUUUUGCUUCCAUUUCCUUGUUUUAGCAUGCGCCCAAUAAUACGGUGCGCCUUAUAUAUGGCUUAAGUACAGAAAUAAACCCCAUAAUCGAGAAUGUGCCUUACAAUCCGAUGCGCCUUAUGGUGCGGAAAAUACGGUAGUCCAAACAAGGACUCUUGGAGGUGAAUAAGCAGGUGGUCCUCGAGGGCAGGAAGAACAUGAAGGUCAUGGUGCAUCACAGAGACGUCAUUUAUGUUCGAUUUACCUCCAUAAAUAUACACAAUGACAAAUCUCACACCCUAAAUUAACACCGUCACAUUAAAUACACCAAUCAAUCAAUUCCUUGUGCAUUAAGCGUGAGAAGUCCUGUAGAACGUCAAACAUAAAAAACAGCAGCUAAAGACAGUUCUUGACAGUAUGGAAGACAUGUAAAAAUAGUCAUUGGGGAUCACCACCUGCCGCUGCUGACACGUCCCUAUUAGCACUAUGAGAUCCUGUGCCAUAUUUAAGUGUCUGGCAGAGUUUGAUAAUGCAGCUUGAUUGACAUUUAAACAUUGACAUUGCCAAGUUUGGAGCAUCCGGUUCGCUUCAGCAGCACAUUCAUGUUGAUAAAAAGGAGCCUCGACCUCCUGCUGGUGUUCAUUUUGAAGAUAUUCCCUUCUGGUGAGAGCUGGGAGCUGCAUUUUACUGUAUCUGACCUGCAGCACUGUGAUUCAACAGGACUGAGGUCUGUGACCCGGUAAGUAGGAUAGAAAAAUACACUUAACUUGACAAAAAUCUUUUGAAAAACUGACUGAACUGUAAUGUUGUCAGGGACGAGCGGGUGGACCCAAGCAGAGAGCCACACUACCAAGGCUGGCUGGAAUGAAAGUGUUUAUUGUAGAGGGGUGAAUAAUGGAACGAAGGGGGGGAAAUCCAGGGUGUAGGAGUGGGGGGUUCCAGGCAGGAGUGGGGGUCCAGGCAAGAGUGAGAGUCCAGGCAGGAGUGGGGGUCCAGGCAGGAGUGGGGGUCCAGGCAGGGGAAACCGGUGAAGACUUGUCGGGGAGAGCCGGAGGGAAAGGAGGAUGGCAGGAGAUCCCGGACAGCUGACUGUAUGGAGGCAGGAGAAAACAAAGUUAAAAAAACACAGCAGGAACUCAAAACAGAUCUUGUAGAGGCUAGAGAACAAACUGAACUGCGUGGUUCUUGUUCAAUACUCUGGCAGCGAGUGGAAGGCUGAGCCGGUACUUAUUGUUGAGGGGUGUAAUCAGGUAGAUGAUUGUCAGCUGUCCGGGAGCCGUAGAGGUGGUUGAUUGCCUGAGUGGAGUCAGCUGAGAAGCUAGACUCCACUCAGGCACUGAACUGCAGAGGGAGAGACAAGGCAGAGGAGCAGAUGGGAGACAGCAAGACAGACAGGGCAGAGGAGAAGGGAGCUGUGACAAAUGUUUUUCUUCCUCGAGGUAUCAACAUGAGUAGCGACGCUGAGAUGGCCCAGUAUGGGCCAGCGGCCAUCUUUCUCCGCAAACCUGAGAAGGAGCGAGUCGAGGCUCAGAGCAGGCCGUUCGAUGCCAGAACUGCCUGCUUUGUUCCCGAUGCCAAGGAGCUGUACAUCAAAGGUGUCAUCCAGCAGAAAGAAGGUGGCCAAGCCACUGUGAAGACUGAAGCUGAUGAGAUUGUAACAGUUAAGGAGGAAGAUUGCCAUCCGAUGAAUCCCCCAAAGUACGACAAGAUCGAGGACAUGGCCAUGAUGACGCACCUCAAUGAGCCCUCUGUGCUGUUUAACCUCAAAGAUCGUUAUGCGGCAUGGAUGAUUUAUACCUACUCUGGGCUCUUCUGCGUCACUGUAAACCCUUACAAGUGGCUGCCAGUGUACGACCCACAGGUGGUGGCAGCCUACAGGGGCAAGAAACGCAUGGAAGCCCCGCCGCACAUUUUCUCUGUUUCUGAUAAUGCAUAUCAAAAUAUGCUCACAGAUCGUGAGAACCAGUCUGUCCUGAUUACUGGAGAAUCCGGUGCAGGAAAGACCGUCAACACCAAACGCGUCAUCCAGUACUUUGCGACAAUCGCAGUGGCUGGUGGCGACAAGAAGGAGCACUCAUCUGGCAAAAUGCAGGGGACGCUGGAAGAUCAAAUCAUUUCAGCGAACCCUCUGCUGGAGGCCUUUGGGAAUGCCAAGACUGUGAGGAAUGACAACUCCUCAAGAUUUGGUAAAUUCAUCAGAAUUCACUUUGGAACCACAGGAAAACUGGCGUCUGCUGACAUUGAAACUUAUUUGCUGGAAAAGUCAAGAGUGACUUUCCAGUUGACUGAAGAGAGGAGCUACCACAUCUUCUAUCAGAUAAUGACUGGGCACAAGCCAGAGCUCAUAGAAAUGCUCCUCAUAUCAACAAACCCAUAUGACUUCCCCAUGAUCAGUCAGGGGCAGAUCACUGUGGCCAGCAUCGACGACAAAGAAGAGCUGGUGGCCACAGAUACUGCCACUGAUGUCCUGGGCUUCACUAAUGAAGAAAAAGUCUCCAUCUACAAGCUGACAGGUGCUGUGAUGCAUUAUGGGAACAUGAAGUUCAAGCAGAAGCAGCGGGAGGAGCAGGCUGAGCCUGAUGGCACUGAGGUGGCAGAUAAAGUCGCUUUCCUCAUGAGCCUGAACUCUGCUGACCUGCUGAAAGGCCUCUGUUACCCCAGAGUGAAAGUGGGAAAUGAAUAUGUCACCAAGGGCCAGACAGUCCCUCAGGUCACCAAUGCAGUUGGUGCUCUGGCCAAAUCUGUCUAUGAGAAGAUGUUCUUGUGGAUGGUUAUUCGAAUCAACGAGAUGUUGGACACAAAGCAGCCGAGGCAGUUCUUCAUCGGCGUGUUGGACAUCGCUGGUUUUGAAAUAUUUGAUUUCAACAGCAUGGAGCAACUCUGCAUCAAUUUCACCAAUGAGAAGCUGCAACAGUUUUUCAACCACCACAUGUUUGUUCUGGAGCAAGAAGAAUAUAAAAAGGAAGGAAUCGACUGGGAGUUUAUUGACUUUGGGAUGGACCUGGCUGCCUGCAUUGAGCUCAUCGAAAAGCCAAUGGGCAUCUUCUCCAUCCUUGAAGAGGAGUGUAUGUUCCCCAAGGCCUCAGACACUUCUUUCAAGAACAAACUCUACGACCAGCAUCUUGGAAAAAAUAAUGCUUUCCAAAAGCCGAAGGUUGUCAAAGGCAAGCCUGAAGCUCACUUCACUCUGGUGCACUACGCCGGCACUGUGGACUACAACAUCACCGGCUGGCUGGAGAAGAACAAAGACCCCCUGAAUGAGUCGGUGGUGCAGCUGUACCAGAAGUCAUCCAUGAAACUGUUGGCUUACUUGUAUGCUUCAUUUUCUGGUGCAGAAGCAGAAUCAAGUAGUGAUGCUGGAGGUGGCAAAGGUGGAAAGAAGGGAGGAAAGAAGAAGGGUGGCUCGUUUCAGACUGUAUCUGCUGUUUUCAGGGAAAAUCUCGGAAAACUAAUGACAAACCUGAGAAGCACACAUCCCCACUUUGUGCGAUGCCUGAUUCCAAAUGAGAUUAAAACACCAGGUAUCAUGGACAACCACCUGGUCAUCCACCAGCUGCGCUGUAACGGUGUGCUGGAGGGCAUCAGGAUCUGCAGGAAGGGAUUCCCCAGCAGGAUUAUUUAUGCUGACUUCAAACAGAGAUACAAAAUCCUGAAUGCCAGUGCCAUCCCCGAGGGACAGUUCAUCGAUGGAAAGAAAGCCUCCGAGAAGCUUCUUGGUUCCAUUGACAUUGACCACACACAGUACCGAUUCGGUGCAACAAAAGUCUUCUUCAAAGCUGGCUUACUCGGCACUCUGGAGGAGCUCCGAGAUGAAAAGCUGGUCUCUCUCGUUACCCAGACUCAAGCUCUGUGUCGCGGUUAUCUGAUGAGGAAAGAAUUCUCCAACUUAAUUGCACAAAGAGACUGUGUCUGGAUCCUGCAGUAUAACUUGCGGUCAUUCAUGAAUGUUAAACACUGGCCAUGGAUGAAGCUGUUCUUCAAAAUAAAGCCCCUUCUAAAAAGCGCAGAAACUGAAAAGGAGAUGGCGACCAUGAAAGAGGACUUCGUCAAAUGUAAGGAAGAUCUGGCAAAGUCAGAGUCCAAGAGGAAGGAGCUUGAAGAGAAAAUGGUUUCUCUAGUGCAGGAGAAGAACAACCUCCUCCUGCAAGUGCAAGCUGACUCAGAAAAUCUUUGCGAUGCUGAGGAGAGGUGUGAAGGCUUGAUCAAAAGCAAAAUCCAGCUUGAGGCCAAACUCAAAGAGGUGACCGAGAGGCUGGAGGAUGAGGAGGAAAUGAACGCCGAGCUGACUGCCAAGAAGCGGAAGCUCGAAGACGAAUGUUCUGAGCUGAAAAAAGACAUUGACGACCUGGAGAUGACCUUGGCCAAAGUUGAGAAGGAGAAACAUGCUACCGAAAACAAGGUUAAAAACCUCAUGGAGGAGCUGGCUGGUCAGGAUGAAAACAUCACCAAACUGACCAAGGAGAAAAAAGCCCUGCAGGAGUCCCAUCAGCAAACACUGGACGACCUUCAAGCAGAGGAAGACAAAGUCAACUCUCUGACCAAAGCCAAGACUAAACUGGAGCAGCAAGUGGAUGAUCUUGAGGGUUCACUGGAGCAAGAAAAGAAGAUCCGCAUGGACUUGGAGAGAGCCAAAAGGAAGCUUGAGGGGGAUUUGAAGCUCACGCAGGAAUCCCUGAUGGAUGUAGAAAAUGACAAACAGCAGUCUGAGGAGAAAAUUAAGAAAAAAGAAUUUGAAAACCAGCAGUUGGUGAGCAAAAUUGCAGAUGAGCAAGCAAUAAACAACCAGCUGCAAAAGAAGAUGAAGGAACUCCAUGCUCGCAUUGAAGAACUUGAGGAAGAAGUGGAGGCCGAGCGAGCGGUCCGAGCCAAGAUCGAGAAGCAGAGGUCUGACCUGGCCAGGGAGAUCGAUGAGAUCAGCGAGAGGCUGGAGGAGGCUGGAGGAGCCACCGCCUCUCAGAUCGAGAUGAACAAGAAGCGCGAAGCCGAGUUCAUCAAGCUGCGGCGCGACCUGGAGGAGUCGACGCUCCACCACGAGGCCACAGCCGCCGCACUGCGCAAGAAGCAGGCGGACAGCAUGGCCGAGCUGGGAGAGCAGAUCGACAACCUCCAGAGGAUCAAGCAGAAACUGGAGAAGGAAAAGAGCGAACUGAAGAUGGAGAUCGAUGAUUUGACCAGCAAUAUGGAAACAGUUGCAAAAGCAAAGGUGGGCCUGGAGAAGAUGUGUCGCUCACUGGAGGAUCAGCUACUGGAGCUGAAGACCAAAAAUGAAGAAAACAUGAGACAAAUCUCAGAUCUGUCCAAUCAGAGAGCCCGUUUCCAGACUGAGAAUGCUGAAUUUUCCCGUCAAAUGGAGGAAAGAGAAAGUCUCAUCUCCCAGCUGACGAGAGGAAAGCAGGGAUUCACCACACAGAUCGAUGAGUUAAAGCGACUGAUUGAGGAGGAAACAAAAGCUAAGAACGCCCUCGCUCACAGUUUGCAGUCAGCUCGUCAUGACUGUGAUCUCCUUCGGGAGCAGUACGAGGAGGAGCAGGAGGCCAAAGCUGAGCUGCAGCGAAGUUUGUCAAAGGCAAACACUGAGGUGGCUCUGUGGAGGAACAAAUAUGAGACUGAUGCCAUCCAACGAACCGAAGAGCUCGAGGAGGCAAAGAAAAAGCUCGCCCAGCGUCUCCAGGAGGCUGAAGAGCAAAUUGAAGCAGUGAAUUCAAAAUGUGCCUCACUGGAGAAAACGAAACAACGACUUCAGAAUGAAAUGGAGGACCUGAUGGUAGAUGUGGAAAGGUCCAACAGCUUUGCUGCUACCCUCGACAAGAAGCAGAGGAGCUUUGACAAGGUUCUAGCUGAGUGGAAGCAGAAGUACGAGGAGUCUCAGGCAGAGCUCGAAGGCACUCAGAAAGAAACUCGAUCUCUGAGCACUGAGCUGUUCAAACUGAAAAACUCCUAUGAGGAAGCCCUGGAUCAUCUGGAGACACUAAAAAGGGAAAAUAAAAACCUGCAACAGGAGAUUUCAGACCUGACAGAACAACUUGGAGAAAGCGGAAAGAUGAUUCAUGAGCUGGAGAAAUUCAAGAAGCACGUGGAGACGGAGAAAUAUGACAUGCAGACUGCACUGGAGGAAGCAGAGGCCUCGCUGGAGCAGGAGGAGUCUAAGAUCCUACGGGUACAAAUGGACCUGAACCAGAUGAAGGCUGAAAUUGACCGAAAACUGGCAGAGAAAGACGAGGAGAUCGACCAGAUGAAAAAGAACAACCAGAGGGUGAUAGAGUCGAUGCAGACCACUCUGGACGCCGAGGUCCGGAGCAGGAACGACGCCCUGCGACUGAAGAAGAAGAUGGAAGGAGAUCUGAAUGAGAUGGAGAUCCAGCUGAGCCACGCCAACAGGCAGUCAGCCGAGGCUCAGAAACAACUGAGGAACGUUCAGGGGCAGCUCAAGGAUGCCCAAAUCCACCUGGAUGACUCAAUCAGAGGUCAGGAUGAUAUGAAAGAGCAGGUAGCCAUGAUGGAGCGCAGAACCAGCCUGAUGCAGGCUGAGAUUGAAGAACUCCGAGCUGCUGUGGAACAAACAGAGAGGAGCCGCAAAAUGGCCGAACAGGAGCUGGUUGAUGCCAGUGAGCGCGCUGGACUUCUUCAUUCUCAGAACACCAGUCUUAUAAACACCAAGAAGAAACUUGAGGCGGAUCUGACACAGCUCCAUGGGGAAAUAGAAGAAGCUGUUCAGGAGGCCAGGAAUGCAGAGGAUAAGGCCAAGAAAGCAAUUACUGAUGCUGCCAUGAUGGCUGAGGAGCUGAGGAAGGAGCAGGACACCAGCGCUCACCUGGAGAGGAUGAAGAAGAACCUGGAGGUCACAGUGAAAGACCUGCAGCAUCGCCUGGAUGAGGCUGAAAACUUGGCUAUGAAGGGUGGAAAGAAACAGCUUCAGAAACUGGAGUCCAGGGUCCGUGAGCUGGAAAACGAACUUGAAGCAGAACAAAAACGUUCUACUGAGGCCAUCAAAGGAGUUCGUAAAUACGAGAGAAAGGUCAAAGAGCUGACCUAUCAGUCUGAGGAAGACAAGAAAAACAACAUUCGACUGCAGGAUUUGGUGGACAAGCUCCAGAUCAAAAUGAAAGCCUACAAGCGACACGCUGAAGAAGCUGAGGAGCAGUCCAACAUGCACAUGGCCAGAUUCAGGAAAGCCCAGCACGAGUUGGAGGAGGCCGAGGAGAGAGCUGACGUGGCCGAGUCCCUGGCCAACAAGAUGCGAGCCAAGAGCCGUGAAAUCGGCACAAAGCCAUCAUCUUCUGAUACUCCAGCCGGAUGAGGUAGCCGCGACACAGAGCCUGAGUGGACAUCACAACCUGGGCCAGCCGCUCAUCCCUCAUCUCCUCCAAGGCACCGAGCAGGCCGGC